AUGGCCCACUCAUGCUGCUCCCCCAAACCCUGCUGUCAGCCCACCUGCUGUGAGACCAUCUGCUGCCAGCCCUCCUGCCCCCCAACUUGCUAUCAAACUAGUGAAACCACCUGCUGUAGGACCACCUGCUGCAAGCCUGCUUGUGUGACCACCUGCUGUCAGCCCACCUGCUCCCAAGAAUGUGGAUCCAGCUGCUGCCAGCCUUGCACAGCCCCUGUUUGCUGUCAGACCACCUGCUGUCGCCCUAGCUGUAGAAGUCCACACUCCACCACUGACAAAAUGACUCACUCCUGCUGCUCCCCGUGCUGUCAGCCCACCUGCUGUGAGGCCAGCUGCUGUCGGCCUUGCUGCCCCCCAACUUGCUAUCAGACUAGUGAAAACACCUGCUGUAGGACCACCUGCUGCAAACCCACCUGUGUGACCACCUGCUGUCAGCCCACCUGCGGUGGGUCCAGCUGCUGCCAGCCUUGCUGUCGCCCUGCCUGCUGUCAGACCACCUGCUGCAGGACCACCUGCCUCAAGCCUAUUAGUGUGACCACCUGCUGCCAGCCCACCUGCUGUGAGGCCAGCUGCUGCCAGCCCUCCUGCCCCCAAACUUGCUGUCAAACCACUGAAACCACCUGCUGCAAACCUACUUGUGUGACCACCUGCUGCCAGCCCACCUGCUGUGGAUCCAGCAGCUGUGGACAAACCUGCAGUGGGUCCAGGUGCUCUCAGCCUUGCUGCCAGCCAGCUUCCUGUGCACCCGUGUACUGCCACAGAACCUGCUACCACCCCACGUGCUUCUGCCUGCCUGGGUGCCUAGACCAGAGCUGUGGAUCCAGCUGCUGCCAGCCUUGCAGCCAUCCUGUCUGCUGUCAGACCACCUGCUGCAGGACUACCUGCUGCCGCCCUAGCUGUGUGUCCAGCUGCUGCCAGCCUUCCUGCUGCUGA